CUGUACUCGUCACGCCGCACAUACGUCACAUGCGCGCACGACCACACGCGAAACGAGAAAGAGAGAGAGAGAGAGAAGCGGACCAAGCACAGCGAGCGAGCGCCGUUACGAUAAAAGAGAGGUUUUUCAGAGAGCGUAUUCGGAGAGAGCCGUUCAAUGGUCGCGGCAGCGAUGCGCCUCGCCGCUGCCGUCGUCGUCGUCGUCGUAGGGCACCGUCCGACCGCUAGCUAGUUCCGACCCGGUCAGAGACGCGCGAGACGAGGGGUCGUCAGUUGAUAGACUGGCAACGACGCGCGCGCACCUCUCCGUCGUCGUCGUCGUUAUCCUCGAAGAUGACCAUAAUAGUCUUUCUGAUCGACACGUCGGCCUCCAUGAAUCAGAGGGCAUACCUGGGCGGACGGCCCACGCUCUUGGACGUAGCCAAGAGCGCCGUGGAGACCUUCGUCAAGGUUCGACAGAGAUCGCCCGAGAGCCGAGGGGAUCGCUACAUGCUCCUGACUUCCGAGGAGCCACCUCAGAACAUCAAGGCAGGAUGGAAGGAGAACUUGGCAACCUUUAUGAAUGAACUGAAGAAUUUACAAUGCAUUGGCUUAACAACAUUAGGUGCUGCUUUGAAGCACGCUUUGGAUGUGUUGAAUAUAAAUCGCAUGCAGACUGGCAUAGAUACAUAUGGCCAAGGAAGAUGUCCAUUUUACUUGGAACCGUCUGUCAUAGUUAUUAUAACAGAUGGAGGAAAGUACACAUCCAACGGUGUACCUCCUGUGCAUCAAGACUUUACAUUACCCAUGCAUUCCCCGAUACCCGGAUCUGAAUUAACAAAGGAACCAUUUAGGUGGGACCAAAGACUGUUUUCUUUGGUGCUGCGUUUAUCAGGAACACCAGCUGUCGAACGUGACAUAGGCUUGGUGGCAAGUGAUUCGUCACCGAUUGAUGCCAUGUGUGAAGUGACUGGAGGUCGGUCAUAUUGCAUCACAUCGUUCCGAAUGAUGAUACAGUGCAUCGACUCGCUGGUGCAGAAGGUUCAGUCUGGUGUGGUGAUAAAUUUCGAAAAGAUCGGUCCGGAUCCGCCGCCGUUGACCAACGACGCGCCGCAGCAUCCGGACGAGGAGGAGAACGAGGAUGACGGUAACUCGGGACCGCGAGCUCAGUACCCGAACGCUUUGGCGCCAGGCAACACAGCCUGGUAUUCCUGUAGACGUUUGAUCUACGUCCCGCGAUCGGCGCAGAAAGGUUUCGCGGUUGGAUUCUGGCCGAUUCCCGAGAGCUUCUGGCCGGAUCUCAACGCCAGCUCGUUGCCGCCGAGGUCGGCGCACCCGAACGUCAAGUUCACGUGCACCAGCCAGGAACCGAUGGUGAUCGAGAACUUGCCGUUCGACAAGUACGAACUGGAACCGAGUCCCCUGACCCAGUACAUUCUCGCGAGGAAGCAGCCGACGACGUGCUGGCAAGUGUUCGUCGCCAAUUCGUAUAAAUCGAGCGAGGUCGGCCAUCCGUUCGGAUACUUGAAAGCCAGCACGAACUUGACUUGCGUGAACCUCUUCGUCAUGCCUUACAACUAUCCCGUGCUGUUACCAUUGUUGGAGGAGCUUUUCAAGGUGCACAGGCAAAAACCGACUCCCGAGUGGAGGGCGCAGUUUCAGGGUUACGUAAGGACCAUGCCUACUUAUUACGCCGUAUCGUUGAGGAGAGCUUUAACUAGAAUGGGUGCAUCCGCGCCUCUAGCACAAACAUUGUUACCAGAUACUAUGGAUACUUCUCUGUCGUAUAGCGUUUUGACUUAUCUGAAGCGGCUGAAAAAUUUGGCCAAGCUGGAAUUUGAUCGACUCUGCAACGAGGUCAUUUCUAAGCAGGUUGCCGCUUCGAAUCUUACGAAAAAUUUAUCCAACUGCACCACGAGUACGGUGACAGAAGGGGUGAGAGUAAUAUCAAGGACACCGCUGAAGAAAGACCUGGUGUCCCAUCCUUUGUUACAAGACAAGUUCACGGGUCUUCGCGAUCAGCUGAACGAGUUUGGAGGUUUUGUAGUCGGAUUGGUGAAGAACCAACAGCAGCAGCGUGGCGCGCACAGUUACAGAAAUGCCUUCGACGUCCCGAGAAAGUCCCUCCUCGAUCAAGUGAUGAGGAUGCGGGCGAAUUUUUUACAGCCUGGUUUACUGCACACGAAACUGCUCGACGACGACUACGUUCACUCGAUGCCUUUAGCCCAAAUGGGAAAUUAUCAAGAAUACUUGAAGCGCAUGACGCCACCGUUGCGGGAAAUCGAGAGUGUGCCAGUGAGACAGCACAUGUUCGGCAAUCCGUUCAAGAUAGACAAGAGAAUGAUGGUAGACGAGGCGGAUAUCGACAUAGUCGGCGCGACGUCGUCCACGUCGAAGAGCGGUCUCAAGCGUACCCUGCCGCAGCCGGACGGCGGAGGCUCGUCCUCGCCGAGGCCGCCGCCUAACAAGAGGAAGCCCGGACCGAUCCCGAAGGACGUGAUAGUACGUAGGCCUUCGUACUCUUCGCCCAUCAACACUCCGCCAAGCUCGCCGAUUCCCUGGGUGAUGGAGGAUGCGAAGAACCAGGUGCCAGCGGUGCUGCCAGCUACUGACACGAGUACUCCGCCGAUUCUGACCUGCCUGCCCAGCGUAUCACCGGCUCACGUGUUCUCGGUACCGAGCUCGAGCGCCUCGGAGAAGCUGGUGAACGGACUCGCGGAGAUGCCGCCGGCCAUCCCGGUGUUCGAGCCGAUCCCGGUGGAGCAUAUCAACAAUCACCUGGACACUCCGCCGGUCCUGACGCCGAUAGUUAACAAUAUCGACGCGACCUCGGUGCCGAAGGGUGGUGAAGUUAAAAGUGAACGGAUAGACAACGCGAGGAACGAGUGCGGCCGGUUACCCAUGAACGAUUGCGUCGAGAAUAAUAGUAGUGCGCGAAUAGUUGUCGAUAGUGGUGUCGAGGAGAGACUGGUGUCGAAUCACGUGGAGGAGAAGCGCGAGACGAAGCCCGAGAGGGAGAGGAAGCCGACGAAGAAGGAGCUGGAGGACAUCAGGCGGCACAAUUUGAAUAUUCGGGAACUCGUUUACAAGGAGGUGCGGAGAAGAGGGACAAAUUACGCGACGCUGUUUUCACAUCUACAUCAGAUUCAGGGAACCCUAGACAUACGGCUUGCAUUUGUGAAGGACAUAGUGAAGGAAUCGUUACGCUUUAAACGACGUAAUCUGGCGUCGCUGUUGGAGGAAUAUCUUAAGACUAUUCAAGAGGACGGUUGCGCUAUGAACCACAAGCUGAAUCACAACGGUGCCACGAAGAUAAGUUGUUAAGAUAUAUGCAUAAUCCAGGGCAUUAUCUUAAUAAUUAGCGGAGGAGGAGGAGAUAGAUUGCGAAGGAACUCUUGUGCAAAUUUUGGGCCGGAAAUUUUAUUAAUAGCAGUCUCUUGAGACAAAUAAUAAGGACUACUUUUGAUACUCACUGGGAAGACCUGCACAAUCUCCAAGUCUUAGCGCAAAUUUCAAUAGCAUUCUCGGUGUCAACCACUAAGUAAGCCAUGGCACUUUUACGUUUUACUUUUAAGCUUUGCGAGUGAUCAGUUGGUAGAUAUUUCGAGUAUAGUGUUCUCUCUGCAGGUCACAAAAAUUGAAGCAAUAAUUUAUUUACAGAAUGUAGCGACAAGAACGAUUUUACAGAAUGUAGCGACAAGGGUACGCAGCAAUAUUUCUCUCUCAUGUACACCAAAACUCUAUUACUGAUAUAAUGAUCUCGUUUUAAAACUUGACCGUUUUAAAUCUUACAUCUCUGUAAAGAAAAUCCAAAAUUUUAUCUAUCUCGGAUGCUUGAAAAUAUUGUACGUAGCAUACAAUCGCGACGAUAACAUGAUUAAAAAAAAAUAUAUAUAUAUAUUCAUACAUAUGUUGAAGUUUUAUCCUUUAUACGAAUAUAUUAUAUUCGCACGCGUUUCUAUAUCGUUACAUGUAAAUAUGUUUGCACAUUUUGUUUCACCGUCUAUGAUGAUGUAUUUUUUCUUCAAGUUUUUUGUCGACAUCUCACUUAACAAGUGUAUUAGAAAAAAAAUUGUCCUGUAUGCUGGCCAUACGAGACAAUAGAGUUGAGACGAAAUUAUAAGAAUGAUACACAAUAUCGAUUCUUUGUAAACGCUUGAAUCUGCAUAUAAAGUUUUCCUUGAAGUACAAGUGCAAUCAAACGAGCAUAAUUUCUACCAGCUGCCCAGUCCUCAGCGUCUAUGUCAAAUUUAGGACGAAAUAAUUGUAUUCAUACUCUUACAAUUAUAUAUUUCCUAUUAUAUUUAAUCUCUAUCUAAUCUAUACAUCGUACAUACACAUUUGUGAUUUAUAUUAUUAAGUUUAAUAAAAUGCCAUAGUUUAACACUGUACCAAAUUGUCUGUAAAUUUUGUUGUGUAUACUUUGGUAAUAUUAUAAAAGAAAAUUAAGAUCUGA